GUUCCUCUCUCUAUCUGUCUCUGUUGUGUCUCUUUAAAACCCCAUUUUCUCUUUUUAAAUCGGCAAGACACACAGAUACAGAGAUACUCACUCAUUCCUCAGUGUUCUUCUCUCUGUCUUUAGCCUCCUGAAUGAUGGAGAACGGUUUCUCUUCUCCAAGGAGCGAUGCUUUUCCUUCUGGUCUACGUGUUCUCGUCGUCGAUGACGACCCUACUUGGCUCAAGAUCCUCGAGAAGAUGCUGAAAAGGUGUUCUUAUGAAGUGACUACGUGUUGCUUAGCAAGAGAUGCUUUGAACUUGCUGCGUGAAAGAAAAGAUGGAUAUGACAUUGUAAUCAGUGAUGUCAACAUGCCUGACAUGGAUGGUUUCAAACUUUUAGAGCAUGUUGGACUGGAGAUGGAUCUUCCUGUGAUUAUGAUGUCUGUGGAUGGAGAAACAAGUAGAGUAAUGAAAGGUGUCCAACAUGGAGCUUGUGAUUAUCUUCUUAAGCCUAUAAGAAUGAAAGAGCUCCGAAAUAUAUGGCAGCAUGUCUUAAGAAAGAAGAUACAUGAGGUUAGAGACAUUGAAAAUAUUGAAGGGAUUGACAAUAUUUCCAUCAUGAGAAGUGGAUCGGCUCGGUCUGAUGACUGGCACUUGUUUGGUGGAGAGGAUGUGACUUCAGUCAAGAAAAGAAAAGAUGUUGAGAACAGGCGUGAUGAAUUCAGCGAUUCUUCUUCUACGAAGAAAGCUAGAGUAGUUUGGUCUGUAGAUCUCCAUCAGAAGUUUGUGAAAGCUGUCAAUCAUAUUGGAUUUGAUAAAGUCGGUCCGAAGAAAAUACUUGACUUGAUGAAUGUGCCUGGGUUGACAAGAGAAAAUGUGGCUAGCCACUUGCAGAAAUAUCGGCUCUACUUGAGCAGGUUACAGAAGGAAAAUGAUCUGAAAAAUUCCGUUGGUGGGAUAAAGCAGUCAGAUUCACCUUUCAGGGACUCUGCUGGAAGUUUCGGCCUUCAGAACUCAAUCAACAUUACUCAGAAUGACAUAUCAAAUAGCAGCUUUCUUUAUUCUGGAAAUAAACUUGUCCAAUUUGGGGAUACCAAAAGCCUUGGAGGCGACACGAAGGGAAUUGUUCCGGCUCCUAUUGCAGAACCCAAAAGAGCUUCGACUGUUGAGGUUUCUGAUUCUUGUAAGAGCAGGACUUCUUCACCUUGCUUCAAUAACUCUUUUGGAGCACUGGAAUCAGAAGGGAAUUUUGCAGCAUUUGAUUCGAACUUCCAAACAGAGUAUCCUUGGUCUGUGAUUCCUGAGAUUCAACUCAAACAAGAACAGAAGCCACUCCAGUUAGAGGAGAGCUUCCACCCGCCUCAGCUUCCAGGUCAACACCAUCAAGUCCUAGCUGGUCAUCCGCACCAAGCACAUUCUGUAACAGAGAGGACUAUACCUGCUCCAUUGGAAACUAAGCUUCUGUAUUCUGAUGACAGAAACAGUCAUGUCAACCAUGUAAAUUCGGUUGGAAGGAGUAUUGACUCUUGUCUGGUCGAAACUAAGAAUCAGAUUGUAAAUAACUCUGAUUUUGAGCACACUUCCACCACCACAUCAAGCUCGAAAAAUCAAGGCUUCAACGUGAGUUCCUUUACUGAUCUGGAAUCUGGUCAGUUAACAAUAAACUGCAGAGUUACAUCACCUUCUCCACUUUUGGACGAGGAAUUGCAAGUUCGUUGGCUUCAAGGUGACUGUAAUGCUGUGAAUCUUGCAGUCCAGGAUAAAGAGUUUUCAGGGUACUUUGACCCGGGACUCAUCGCUGAAUUUCCAGUACACUUAUAUGAUGCUUUGAGGUUUGAUUAUGAUCAUCUCUGUGACUCAACCGAAUAUUCUCUAAUAGAUCAAGGUUUAUUUAUAGCCUGAGCUGAAGGUUGGUCAAUAACAUGUGCUUCCCCUGCCAUGUCCUGCCCUUCAUGCUAAGGGUCCUGAGCUACUAUCUCUUAAGCAAACCAGUCUACAAAUGGUUAUUUCUAAUCUAUGCAAUCGAAUAUUAUUUCCCCAUGAUUUUGGACUUUGAUCUUGACUAUGUAAUUACAUCUGUGGUGACAACAUUUGGCAAAAUAAUCUUGUUUCUUGAAGUUCUUCAAUACCAGCUAUGCAUUAAUUUUGUUACAA